AUGUCUCUGCAGGCUGUUCAAAGCGUCAUUUACUGGUACGUCAUCCGCUAUGACGUUGAGCAAUGUAUCUCCAAAACAAACAGCAAGGGGGGGAAGCAAUCGCACGCGAAUUUCGAGACAUGGUGCCUGAUUCGUAAAUUGCAAGCCCGGAAUGUGGUCUACUCUCGAGCGGAUAAAGGAAAUGCAGUGGUCAUCAUGGACAAGCCAGAUUACGACUCCCGUGUUCUGAACAUGAUCGCUGAUGGUCCAUAUGAAGAGUGCAAGUUCAAGAAUGGAAAACCGAAAGACCCCCUCAAUGCGAUGACUGAAGAGGCUAACGGCGUUCGUCAGAAAGUAGCGCGUUUGGUGGGUGAAGACUGUCUGGAACGAAAAUUGCACGUACCCAACCCAAAGGUAGCGUCGCUCUACUGUUUGCCGAAGAUUCACAAGAAUCCAGUAGGAAUGCGACCAAUCUCUUCCAACGUCUCGACUCCUACCGAAAAGAUGGCCGCUUGGCUAGUUAACGAAUUGAGAAAACAUCCUGUAGCUCACGGGAGGAGCGUCCGUAAUUCUGUUGAAUUGGUGGAGCACCUGAAAGAUAUCGAACUACGGCGAGGGGAAGUACUAGUAUCGUUUGAUGUAACAGCGCUUUUUCCAAACGUACCAGUAAAUGACGCUUUGAACAGCCUGCAGAGACAUUUAGAACGAUGUCGAGUGCCCCGACACCAAAUUGAGGCGUAUCUUUCGGUGGCAGAAGUUUGUAUGAACCAGAACUACUUCUCAUUCAGAGGGAAGUUCUACAAGCAGACCUUCGGCCUCAGCAUGGGGAGCAAACUCUCUCCACUUCUUGCAAACCUCUUUUUGAGUGACUUCGAAGUUGGUUUAGAGAAAGAAAGGUGUUUUCCUCGAAUCUGGAGACGCUAUGUUGACGAUGUCUUCGCAGUAGUCAAAGAGCGGUAUUUGUCACAGACGCUUGAACUACUUAAUUCGCGACAUAGAACCAUCAAGUUUACGGUAGAGCAAGAAGCGGAGGGUAAACUACCCUUCCUCGACUUGAUGAUUUCCAGGAGGGAAGAUAACAAACUUAAAUUUGGAAUAUAUCGAAAACCAACUUCCACGGAUCGGUAUAUAACAUCAGAUUCAAAUCACUUCGGAGCCCAGCAAAAAGCAGCUUUCCACUCCAUGGCCCAUCGUCUCUACAACAUACCCAUGGAAAGAGAUGAUUUCGUCGAGGAGCGGAACAGGAUUCACAAGGCUGCAGAGGUGAACGGAUACGAAAAGGAAUUUGUGGAUAAAAUUCUGCGAAAACACGAAAGGAAGAAAUACAGAAGUAAUGCUACGACACUGCGGCCGGAAAAGGAGGAUGUUAAAAGGAUCAGCCUUCCUUUUUACCCUAAGCUCACCAAUCCAAUCCAAACAGCCCUCAACCAUCACGGAUUUCAGGUGGUGUACAAGAGUAGCAACACCUUAAAGGAUGCAUUGUGCAAUCUGAAAGACAAAGUCCCAAUAGACGAAAAAUCCGGAAUUUACCAAAUCCCAUGCCGAGACUGCCCCGCGGUGUAUAUUGGGCAAACACGUCGUAAGUUUAAAACUCGUCUACGUGAACACAAGAACGCGGUAGAACACGAAAGAACUUGCGAUUCAAGUGUGGCAAUGCACACCACGACGCUAGGACAUACUGCAGACUGGGAACAAGCGAAACUGCUGAAAAAUGUCCAAAAAGCUACGCAGCUUAACGCAUGGGAAUCCAUGUAUAUAGCUACAGCCGACCGCCCGCUUAUGAAUGAAGAUGAUGCCCCAAUUAUGUCCUCUCUUUUCCACUUGACCAAGCUGAGAAUUCAGUAA